AAAAGAAAAAAUGGGCUCGUCGUCGUCUGGCAAAAAGCACAAGAAGGAUAAAAAGGCCAGGCAUCGCUCGCGAUCUGAGGAACGCCAGGAACGGGGCACUGAAGACGAGGAUGUGACACAUCACAAACACAAGAAGCAGAAGGAGCACCGUCACAAGCACCACAAGCACAAAGAGCGGGAGCGUACCAGCGAGGUUAUCUCCUUGGAGGAGUCCGAUUCGGAUAGUUCGGAUUGUGUGGAGGUGCCAGUGGAGCAGAGCAAGGUAAGGGAGACAUCCGCCAGGGAAAGGGUGCGCGAGCCAGAGCCGCCUGUCAGAGAAAGAGCAUCUGCUCGAGAUAGAGAUGCUGGACGCGAGAGAGACCAGCAACGGGAAAGGGAGCGUGAAAGAGACCGUGACCGGGAGCGUGAAAGGGAACGCGACAGAAAUCGCGAAAAGGAGCGCCCCAAGGACCGUGAAAGGGAGCGUGAUCGGGACCGUGAGCGCGAACGGCAUGGUGAGCUGUCGGCUCCACCUCCGCCACAAAUAUCCAGACACGCGGACUAUGAGGGGCGCCGAGAGCGAGAAAUCGAACGCGAGCGUGAGGCUCGCAAGCGUGCUGGCAGGGAGAGGGAUAGAGGGAACCGAGAACGGUCCCGAUCUCAGUCGCCGUCCAAGUCAGGACGCAAGCCCUCUGGACCAGCAAACCGAGAACGCGAGGCAUUCGGACGCUCCCAUUCGCCCAUACCCGAAAAUGGAGCUGGCGAUGUUCUCUCAGUUCAGGAAACCAACAAACUUCGUGCCAAGCUAGGUCUAAAGCCCCUCGAGGUGGAGAGUGGGCCCAGCAAGGUGGCUCCUGCCUCGACAAGCGAGAAUAAAAAGUCGGGUGGGGACAGCGAUCUCUCCUCGUACAAAGACGAGUGGGGAGAGUUCCUUCACAAGCCGGCCGACAACCUAAAGGAGAAAAAAGAGGCGGAGAAGCUGCGUGAGAAGCUUAAGCAGCGCAAGGAGAAACGUUUCUUGGAAGAGAGAUUGGCACGCAUCAGGACGUUGGGGGAAUCCGAUGAGGAGACGGAUAAUGUCACCAAGUGGGUAGACAAGAACAAGCGAGUAGUCAAUGAACGCGAAGAGGCAAAAAAGAAGGCCAAAGAGUUGGAGGAGCUUGAUGAGACCUUUGGCAUCCCAGAGAUGGUCGAGCAGGAGAAGCAAAAGGCCCGUCAGCGUGCCUAUGGCGAUAACAAUUUGAAGGGGUUGCGUGUGGAGCACGAUAUGGAUGACUUUGGGGAAGGUCGCACGGUUAUCCUAACGCUCAAAGAUCAAGACGUUCUCAAUGAGGAAGAGGGCGACACGCUGGUCAAUGUUAACAUGCUCGACGAUGAGCGCUACAAGAAGAAUGUUGUCAACAAAAAACAGAAUCCACUCAGCUAUGGCUACAAUGUCUAUGAAGAGCAAUACGACGAGUUGGGCAACCCCAUUGAGCGUUCCGUGCUGGAGAAAUAUGACGAGGACAUCGAAGGACAGCCCAAGAAGCGCAAGAACUUUGUGAUUGGCGAAAAUUCCGAGGAGGAUCGUGAGAACAGACGCAGACUUCUGGAAAUCAAAACAAAGCUGGCUGGAAAACGUCUGGAAACAUUGGAGGAUACCAAUUUGAAGUUGGCAUCGGAUACAUUCAGUGUGGAGGAGUUGGCCAAAUUCAAGAAGCCAAAGAAAAAGGUAAAGAAGCUUCGUCAGAAACUGAAAGCCGAAGACCUCGAGCCUUUGGCUGAGGCCGGAACAUCAGGCAUGUCGAAUUUCGGUAGCCGUCAGGGACGUCAUCGCGAUCCAGAAGAUGUUGAUAUGGAGGAGACCAAGCCAGAGGUUAAAUAUGAGGCCGAUGAGGAUGAUGAUCUCGAGCGUGUUCUAUCCAAGGCCCGCAAGCUGAAGCAAAAGGAGAACAUCAUCAAGAAAUCCUUGCCCAUUGAGUUUGAGUCCAUUCAGCGGGAUAUCAAGCCCGAGAUCAUCGAUGAGGCCAGUUCGGGUGUGGUGCUCAGCAGUGUGGAUGGCCACAUCGUGCUGAAUGCCACUGCUGAGUUCUGCCGCACCUUGGGAGACAUUCCCACGUAUGGCAUGGCUGGCAAUCGUAACGAGGAUUCCAAUGAUAUGAUGGACUUUGACAAGAUCGAGCAGCUGGACGAUAAUAUGGAUACGCACAAUGAUGAGCCAGCACUGAGCCAUGGUACAUGGAAUUCGGUGAAUCCCGAUGAGGUUAUGCAGCCAGCUGAUUUGGACAAUCUUGGCGAUGAUCUGGAGGACCGUGCCAUUCUGGAUGAGGAGCCUGAUGUGGGCGCUGGUGUGGCGAAUGCCCUGCGCUUGGCCCUGUCCAAGGGUUACCUUGAAAGGGAGGAAAAGAACAGGCCCAGCAACACCAAAAUGGCACAUCUGCAGGCCAAGAACUAUUCUAUUGAGGACAAAGCAGCUGGCGAAGACGAAAAGGUUGGCCGUCGUGAUCGGUUCCACUGCGGACCCAUUAUGGACUUUAAGGAUAAAGAGACCUUUAAACCCAACGUCAAGUUGGACUACAUUGAUGACAAUGGCCGUAUAUUGAACCUCAAAGAGGCGUUCCGCUAUCUGUCACACAAGUUCCAUGGCAAGGGGCCCGGCAAGAACAAGAUCGAGAAACGUUUGAAGAAAAUGGAGCAAGAUGGGCUAAUGAAGACAAUGAGUUCGACGGACACCCCACUGGGCACUCUAACCAUGUUGCAGCAUAAGCAGAAAGAAACCAAGACCGCCUAUGUGGUUCUCAGUGGCAACAGCAAGAAUGCGGGUGGCGUAAGUGGCUCAUCGAUAGCCAAGUUUAAGUAGGGGGCCAACACACAGACACACAUGGGAUGUUUUAACCACCAAAUCCAAGAUAGCCAUAACCAAAUGCAAUAGAUCCUUCCCAAAAACGUCAUACUAAAUAUUUUAAUUUAGAAUUCCCACGAAUAUGCAACCACAGCACCCAAAUAUGUAGUUCUCUUCAUAUUUAUUCACAUAAUAAAAUAUAUUCAUUUAUUCCAAAUAA